ACCUAUACUUCAGUAUGGUAUUCGGCUCUUACUUUUGGCCUUAUUCGGUUUGAGUUCAAUACCAAUUCUAAGUUUAAACUAAACCUACUUUCUCAAUGAAAACAAUAUCAUUAUUAUGUCUUAUAUUUUGGUUGGUUCCGUAUUCGGUUCUUACUUUUGACCAUAUUGGAUUUUAUGGGAUCAAUACUAGUUUGAUUCAAUUUCGGAAUCGAACUCACCCUAGGCGAAAGAUGUCACACCCUUAUCAUUCGUAAUUGUAGGUAGGAAAGAUUACAAAAUAAGCAAAUAAAGGUUAUUAAUAGGUUGCCUAAUAUGGUUUGGGUGACCCACCGACCCGACCCAAUCGCCACCUUGAUGCCAAUCAGUCCGAUAGAAACAAAGAACACCCACAAACAAUCAAUCAGUCUGCGUUGAGUGAAUUAUGAGACUACCGAAUGUUGUCUGAUAGCAACGAAUUCUAAGCUCUUAAAUUUCUUCUUCUUUUUUCGAUUCAGCUAAAAAAUCACUCGCCAGGGUUCAAAAUCUGCGCCAGAGGGAGGGAGGGGAUCUAUAUCUUUUUACCCAAGAUAUGUGGACGAUACCUUUGGGGAUUUCAGUAAACACCCUCUCUCCCAACUUCAACAAAUUACCUCCUUUCUACCCUUCCAGGGUUCAUCAAUCGUCUAUCCCUUCUCAUCUCUCCAGAUCAGACUCGAUAGGGAUUUGCAAAGCGAGUCAAGUGGUUGAAAUAUUUCCAAUUGUAUCCCCUGAAAUUGUGGUGCGUGAGGCAAGAAUCGAAGACUGUUGGGAGGUUGCAGAAACGCAUUGUAGCUCCUUCUUCCCUGAAUACUCAUUCCCAUUAGACUUUGUUUUGAGGAUCGACAGACUCCUUGCACUGGUUUUUGGAUUGUCAGUACCCACUGGUUGUAGACGAACAUGUCUUGUUGCUGUCACCUCCACUUCCCAAGACGACGACAACAACACUUUCUUUAUUGGUGACGAAGAUCUCAAAAUUGCAGGUUUUGGUGCAAAGAUUAGUCUCAAUAAAGGAUAUGUUGCUGGAAUUUUGACUCUAGACACUGUCGCUGACUUUCUUCCUAGGAAAGGUCCUCUUCGUCAGAGAAGGACUGGAAUUGCGUAUGUGUCGAAUGUUGCUGUGAGAGAAAGGUUUAGAAGAAAGGGAAUAGCGAAAAGGCUUAUAGCAAAAGCAGAGGCUCAAGCUAGAAGUUGGGGGUGUAGGUCAAUCGCAUUGCAUUGUGACCUAAAUAACCCUGGUGCCACUAAUUUGUAUAGAAGUCAGGGUUUUAAGGAUAUUAAAAUACCCGAAGGAGCUAAAUGGCCCCAGCCCAGGACCUCACCGGAUAUGCAGUUUAAUUUCAUGAUGAAGCUCCUUGAGAAAAACCGAACCAAUUGUUAGGUACAAGUAGUAUUGCAAAAGGUACAAGUGAUAAAGGGAGGGAGUCAUAAUGGUAUGUUAGGGGUCUUAGUAACUGUUUAUUUGUUUAUACAUGAAAUGUAAUUGUAUAUUGUUAUAGGUAGUGUACUUGUUUGUUCUUUGUAAGGUAAAUUAAAGUUUCGGUUUCUUUUUCUUGUGAUGUUUUUAGAAGUAGAUUAUCAAUCACAUGCUAAGCUUGAGUGGCAUAUUGCUUGCAGUGGUAAAGAAGUGAGAAUCAUAAGUGGGGUCUAGGCAUCUUUUUGCUAUGAGAACAUUAUUAUUUACCUUCAUGAUGUUCGUGUGAUCGAUUGGUGAAGUGUUUUGUUAGUGUUAAUGUGUGAAUUGAGUUCCAUUUUAGAAGGCUGCUUCAAAUGCAACUUGUUUGAGAG